CACAUGUCGGAGUCUUCACAAUGCUCAGUUUUGGAUCAAAACUACAAAUACUUUUUCUCUUGGCCUUUCCCUGUGGAUUGGUUUCCGUUGCUAAGGUUUCUGCAGAUGACAGACGCUCGGAUGCUGCUGUUGAUGAGGAUGAAGAGGAAGAUGACAAUGAGGUGCUUGUCAAAAAAGAUCAGACUUCAACUUCGGAGACAGAUUGGGUUUCAGAUGAAGACUCUGAACCUGCCGAUGUAACCUCUCACCCCGAUGCUGAUUUGACCAUCAUUUUUGUGACUGGAGAAGAGUUUCCAGCAAAUGAAAUUGUGAAGUUCCUUGUGGGUUUCACAAACAAGGGGAGCCAGGAUUUCACCGUUGAGUCGCUGGAGGCCUCCUUUCGAUAUCCACAGGACUUCCAGUUCUAUAUCCAGAAUUUCACAGCCUUGCCCCUUACUGCCGUGAUACAGCCUCAGAAACAGGCCUCGUUUGAGUACUCCUUCAUCCCGGCUCCGCCCAUGGCAGGGCGUCCUUUUGGCCUCGUCAUCCUCCUCAACUAUCUUGACAGCGAGGUAAAUGCGUUUCAGACUGCCAUUUACAACCAGACUGUUACUGUCACUGAGGUGGAGGAGGGACUCGAUGGAGAAACAAUUUUCAUGUACAUAUUCCUGAUCGGACUGUUGGUGCUGAUGCUCUUUGGCAUGUACCAGAUUCUUGAAUCGAGAACGAAAAAGAGACUUCCAAUGAAAAUAGAAAGAGGCACUGAAGGAUUGAACAAUGUGGACAUCAGCUGGAUUCCUCAGGAAACCCUUCAUGCCAUGAACAAACCAUCUCCCAAAACAUCUCCACGGAAACGAGCUAAGAGGGCAGCUGGUGCCGACCAGUAAGCCAGCUAGUAUCCAGCUAGCCAUCGUCACGGUCUGUCAGGUUUUCAGAGGGCAUUUUCUCAUCAACCACAGUACCCUAACUCCCAUCCGCAGCUGCUCAAGAUUCCUGGAACCCAGUUUCCAGCUCAAGCAAUAUGGGGAAUACAGUCACCAUCUGUGUGCCUCUCACCUGUGAGCUCCUUCUUUACAGUCAAAGCUCCUUAGUGUGCAAGGCCAAUGACGUUGCUGGACACUGGUUUUCUGGCCAGAAUGUGGCCGUUCACACAGACUCCCGCCUGAAUGCUGAUAUGAUUGAAUUUUUAGUCGCUUUUUAAAAAGGGACUUAUUUUUUGAUCAGGGAAGGAAACAAUUGAUAUCAGAGGUAUUGAUUUAAAUCAACAUCUCACCAUCUGUGCUGUGAUGUCAUGAGGGUACAUUGAAUUUUACAUUCAUUGUAUUUUUUAUUCCUAUGAUUUCAUGGACAGAAAUGGCCAUUGUGACUUCACAGCAUUCAAAAGUCAUUCAGUUAAGAUGGAUCAUCAAAUUCUUACCCCACAUGUCCAAACUGUUGUGCCUUAUAAUGACUUUACUGACAGUGCUCUGCUGAAACGUUGUAGCAUUGAUCAAAGCAAUUUGUUCUUGGAAUGUGUAGAAUUUGCUUGAUAUUUUGCUAAUAGUACCUAAAUGUUUUUGAUACACAACAAUGUACAUUGAGUUUGGUCCAAUUCUAAACUGAUGCAAUAACAGUAUUAUAAGGGGGGGGGG